GUUUCACUACACCAUUUUGAUAGUUGUAAAUUAGUUGUCGUUUUGAUGACUGAAUGAGUUUCUGCAAAAAAAGAAUAAGCCACCGUCAUCUUCAAGUGACCGUGAUAAUUUCUAGUUUGAUAAUCAUAGGAUGUGCAGUUGCCUUGAUUACUAUUGGUAGUAUAUUUUAUAGUUCAGUUCGUAAAUACAAUGGCAAACUUGAGACGACUGUCAAAGGAGUAAUAAAAUGCCUUGUCAUAGUCGGAUGUAUUAUGAUUUUUUCUGGAUUCCUAGGUCUCUUUGGAUCUUGCUUAAAUAGUAAUGAUGUACUUUGCUUGUUUUCUGUUGGUUUGGUCACCAUAAUUAUUGUUCAGCUUGGAACUGGAAUAACAUGCCUUUGUUAUCAUGUAAAGGCAAGUUUUUUCGUUGGUGAUGAGCUUUUAUAGUUAUGGGAUAAUCUACAUUUGAGCAUGAAGAAAGCAGUUGAAAGUUAUCAUUUCAAUAAAACGAUAAGCACCAUUAUGGAUAAAAUUCAUAGAGAUGUAAUUAUCAUUUCAAGCUUAUUUGAUUACAGCUUAAAUGUUGUGGUUCACUUAAUUACUUAGAAUAUGGAGAUAAAAUUCCCUCGUCCUGUCAUGAAGAUGGUUCCAUUUACAAAAAUGGUUGUACUGAUGUAUUAAAUCAAUUCGGUGGCCAAUUUCUAACUAUUGGUACAGUUUUCUCAUUUAUGUUCAUAAUCCUUGAAAUAAUAACAAUUGGAUGUUCCAUAUAUUUAACUGCAUAUAUCGAUGCAAAAGAUCAGAGAUGACAUCUUUUUUUUUUCUUAUCAUAUCAAUCACUGAGAUUAUUAUUAUGAAUGGUUAAGAAGUCAUUGAAAUUAGUACACUAUUGAUCUUUUGUAAAAUGAUUUACAAUAUCUUUGUAAGUAAAUAAGAUGUAAUUAGAAAUCAUUAUUAUAUUUACAUGUUUUUUUUUAUGUAAAUACUUUAUAUUUGUCUUUCACUUUUAUUUUUCAAGUUGUUGAGUAAAUAAAACAUCUCAUAACAUAAUUUAUCCAUUUAGAAGAAUCCUUUAAAAGAUGUUCAUUUUGAAAGUUAGAUAAUCAUUUGUGUUAUUGAAAGAUUAUAGUUC